AUGGGGAAAAGCACGAGCAAACUCGAUAAACGGCGCUCCCAGAGCAUUUCCUGGAGCUACAAAUUCGGCACAGCCAGUCGCCGGAAGAAGCAUGCCGCCUUGGUCAUCACCUCAUUGCCGCACAUGGAAACGGCCGAAUGGCUGCAACGGUUGGAUUUGGCUGAGUACACCGAUGUGUUUCGAACGUUCGCUGGCGUCGAGGAGAUGCUGUUCCUGAGCGAGGCGGACAUCAAGCGGCUUGGCAUCCGGAACAACGCACACCGGGCUCGGAUCGUCAGCAGUCUCGUUGCCCUGCGGGAGCAGCUCGUCCAAGAGUCCCACACAAAGACCAAUCAACGGAAUGGCGCAGAGGAAUUUCGAAACAGAGCACAGAUGCGACACAGUGUGGCUGUCGAUGGCUCACGAGCAGUCAAGACGGGUUGCGUGGCGUCGGAAAAUGAUAGCAUUUAUGAAUGUCUGUCGCCGGCCAACACCAAGCAGAGUAAGAGCUGUGGCGAUCUGUUAGAUAUGGAAACGACACCGGACGGCGGAAAUGAAGCCGUUGCACUGAAGAAAGCGCUCGAGUGGGAGCUGUCGUUGGAUUCGCGGGACCUCCGAUCGCACGCCUGGUACCAUGGGCCGAUCCCGAGGCAACGGGCUGAGGAGAUCGUCCAGAAAGAGGGUGACUUCCUGGUGCGGGAUUGUGUCUCGCAGCCGGGAAAUUACGUGCUCACGUGCAAAACCAAGGGACCGACGCUGCAUUUCGUGAUCAAUAAGCUGCUGCUCCAACCGGAAACCGUAUACGAGCGAGUACAGUAUCAGUUCGAGGACGACGCGUACGAUACAGUUCCUGAUUUGAUUACCUUCUACGUAGGCUCGGGGAAGUCCAUAUCGGUCGCAUCGGGGGCCCGAAUUCAAUUUCCGUGCAACCGCACGUACCCGUUGUCGUUCUACGCCGGGAAGUGUCCUCCGAAUGUUGGCGGUGCGGGCACGGGCAUUCGGGGUCCUAGCCCUCUUAACUCACCCUCACCGGUGCCCUCAUCACCAGGCUUUAGGUAUAAUCCGUACACGCAGCAAGCCGGUUCGUACCGUAGUCCGAUGUCCUCACCGCCACGGACGAAGCGAGAAACUCCGCCACGGUUACCGAGCAAGAAGCAACGUUCGCAAUCCCUUACGCCCUUACAUGGAGCCCAGGGUGGCCAGCAACGGUACAACAGCGCCGAUGGUGUCAUUAGUGGUAGUAACGGAAGUACGAUGGCCCCUGGGGAAGGUAAAUCCGGCCAUCCGGCAAAACCCUCACGGUUAGCGGAGACUCCCGAGAAGUGCAGUAGCGCUGAUGGAGUGAUACACAGCGAUCCGGCCAUCGGAGCGCGACCUGGUGAAGAGAAAAGCUCCAGUGCGGAUGGUGUGGUAAAGCCUCCGCUUGUUCCACGACCCAGCUCAACCGAUCCGGCUGGGUUGGCAUCGUUGAAGAGCAGCUCACAAUCGUUGCCCCGUUCAGCCAGUCUUCGAUCGUCCCAGGGAAAGUUGAGCUCACGAGCGUCCAGCAUCAACAAGGAACCAAGCGAACACUCGCUGAGUCCGUGUAUCGAACAGAAGACGACAUUCGCGGAAGGCGAUGGAAGUGAACAACCACCGAGUCCACCACCGAAGCCGAUCCGAGGUGGAACGCUUCAGCGGCGUGACUCGAUGAAGGACUCCGACACACAAUCCGUGCAGGGUGCCGGUGGACACGGUGGCCGUGGUGGGCUAGGAUCGUACCAUCCGAGUGGGUCCGAUUCGGGUAAUGGAUCAGGUGAUUCCGCACAGAGUUCCGCCACCGGUGAGGAACUGACUAUGCCCGUUCGUGGCGUUGGUGGUGUGGUUUUGAGGAAUCCAAGAUUUAUUCCCACCUCGCUGUCGUCGGUUACGUUGCGAUCGCAUACGGAGAUCGAUCCUGUCGCAGCCGAGGAGGCACUACUGGCGAUGCAGAUACCCACGUAUGAGCAGGUGUCUCGGUUCGAUCUGGAGAAUUUCAACACGCUGCUGUUGCCGUUUUGUGAGUGCAAACCGCUCGACAGUGGAACCCUCAACACCUUCCGGAUGAUGCUGUGCGAGUCGGGACCGCGGGUCAUUGCGAACCACCUGACGAGGGUGGACAUUGGUCUUAUCUUAGAGCGGGACGAAAGCCGAAAGGACAAUCCGCUGUGCUGUACCGGGCUGGAACUGAUCACGCUAGAGCACGGUAAGCAGUACCGGUUGGAUCUGAUCGAGCGCACCGAGUGCAUGAAGCUGUUGGUUGCCGUCACCAUCCUGACGAGUCAGAGUGAUCUCGAGCGAGCGGAAACGCUCAACAAGUGGAUACAGAUAGCGGUCGAAACGAAAACUGCCUUGGGAAAUUUGUUCGGGUUCAGUGCCAUCAUGUUGGGUCUCUCGAUGCCACAGAUCCAGAAGCUCGAAUCGACGUGGCACACGCUGCGCCAAAAGUUCACCGAUAGUGCAUUCAACUUCGAAGCCAAGUUACGACCAACGCUGAACAGCAUGAAUGAUUGCUCGAACCCGCAAGCACCGAACACGACCAUCCCUCACAUACUGCCGUACGUGCUGGUGAAGGAUCGCACGAUCAACGACGUUUUCGCAAACACGUCCAGCCCGUGCCCAACGCUGAUCGCCGCAUGUGUUACGCCUUGGGAAACGAUUACGCAGGAUUUUGGCUUUUCCGUGCUGUUCGCUCAUCUCGAUGCGGCCCGUAGUUUCAUCAACAACCUGCCGCUUUACAAGAAGAACGCUCAAACAAUACUGCAGGAUACGAGUAGGUUGGAUCCGCUGAUGGAAGAUGCUUUCAGGACCGAGUUUCAGAUGAAGUUCCUGUGGGGUAGCAAAGGUGCGCUAGUUCCGGCGGAAGAGCGCCACGCCAAAUUCGAGCACGUGCUCACCGUGAUGGCGGAAAAGUUCUGUGGCGAUCCUUCGGCCGGAUAAGACGCAAUGAGUUGCAAUUCUGGAUGAGCAGCACUGCAGGAUACGUCAGGAUAUUGAUUCUCUAAAAACAAUUACAAUUUGAUUUCAUUAAGUUGCAACUCGUUACCGAACUUGCAAGAUAGAACAACGUGCUCUUAUUGCUAAGAAAAAUACAUCGCAGGAAAUGGUGAAUGCUAUACGGAAAGCUUAAAGAACCAACA